AUGCCGUCUAUUCUGCUCCUAAUUUUUGCUCUAUCAAUUGCAGUUUGUCAUUCAAUAUUUGACAGUAUCUUCAAGCAUCUAUCUGGAACCCAGAAUGAUAAAUAUGAUCCAUCAUCAUACUCGAAAAAAAUUUCUGACAUUGGAAUUGUGAUUGGAAUUGUAAUUGGAAAUGCAUUUUAUCUUUUUGUCCCUUUCUGUGGCUGGCUAUCAGACACUAAGAUUGGUCGUAGUAAUGCUAUUUAUCUCAGUCUAUGGCUUGGCUGGAUAGGCACUCUACUGUGGGCUAUAGGAUGCUGCUUUCAAUACUAUUCUUGUGAUACUGCUCCAAUAGCAAGAUAUGCUUUUUUUAUAACAGCCUUUGUUUUCAUGUUUGCUUCAAUGGCAUUCAUGUUUACUAAUAUAAUAGCAUAUGGCAUAGAUCAGUUAAUGAAUGAGUCUAGUAUCAAGAUAAGAGCAUUCAUUCAUUGGUCAUGGCUAUUUCUUUAUAGUGGAAAUGCAUUGUCCGUAAUAUCAAACAAGCUUAUCACUGCAGUUGUUGCUUUUUUCCUUUUCUCUAUUUCUCUUUGUCUUCAUUUUUUUCUCAAGGAUCAUUUUGAGCACAUACCCAUUCCUGAUUCUUAUAGAAUUGUAUUUAAAGUGUUGAAGUUUUUUAUUCAAAAUAAUAGAAGACAGCAGCGUAGUGCAUUCACAUACUGGGGAGAGGAGCCCAGUAGAAUGGAUCUUGCUAAGGAGAGGUAUGGUGGUUCAUUUACUCAUGAAGAGGUGGAAAAUGUUAAGACUUUUCUACGUAUUAUAGCUGUUUUAGUCACUGUUUUUCCCAUUUGUAUCUCUAAUACUCCCUAUUUGUUCAACUCGUCAAAUUUUGUUGCUCAGUUUAAGAAUGGUACUGAUGAUUUACAUGGGCACGUUCAAGAUUCUAUUUGGCUCCUUGGCAACUUCUCUCCUUUAAUUAUUUUAGUACCAUUGUUUGAACUGGUUGUUUUGCCGCUCUUUCCUAAAUUAGAAUACUUUCUAACUAAUCCACUGAAAGGAAUAGGUAUAGCCAAUAUUCUCUUCAUUAUAUCAAUUCUAAGUACAUUCUUUAUUGAUUUGGUUGGAAGAUCUUUUAAGAAUUCUGACAUGCCUUGCUUUUUUACAUGGAAACCAGAAUCAGUUCACGAAACAAUUCAGAUAUCCUAUUGGAUACUUCUCAUACCUUCAGUAGUAGCAGGCACAUCAUUAGCUCUACUCUGGAUAUGUGUUCUUGAGUUCAUUUGUAGUCAAACUCCUUUUGGUAUGCAUGGAAUGAUCAUUGGACUGUUUUGGUUCCUGCAUGGAGUGUAUGCUGACAUUGGUAUGGCCAUUACAUAUUAUGCUAUACCCCCAAUCUCAUUUAUGUCCUGUACUUCUUGGUUCUCAUUCAUAUUUGGUGUCAUUGCUGUGUUUGGGUUAGUAGUGUAUGUGUUAGUAGCUCGAUGGUAUGUUAAGAGGAUCAGAGAUACUGAUCUUGGCCUUCGUGCUGCUGUAGAGGAGCAAUGGGAGAAGAGACUAAUACAAAAGAACACUUUUAAAGAGAAUGAAACUGAUGAUGAAGAUUUCUCCAUUUGA